GUUCGUUCGUUCAUCGUCGCCGCCGCCGCCGCCUCUUUGCUUCCAGCUUCUGUCAACAUGUUCCUCACCAGAUCCGAAUAUGACAGGGGAGUCAACACGUUCUCUCCCGAGGGCAGGUUGUUCCAGGUGGAAUAUGCCAUCGAGGCAAUUAAGUUGGGUUCCACAGCGAUAGGAAUCCAAACAGCCGAAGGAGUUGUUCUCGCAGUGGAGAAGCGAGUUACUUCGCCCCUGAUGGAACCUAGCAGCAUUGAGAAGAUUGUGGAAAUUGAUGCUCAUAUUGGUUGUGCAAUGAGUGGAUUAAUAGCUGAUGCCAAAACCCUAAUUGACAAAGCAAGAGUUGAAACACAGAAUCACUGGUUUACCUAUAAUGAAAAUAUGACGGUGGAGAGUGUGACGCAGGCUGUAUCUAACCUGGCCUUGCAGUUUGGUGAGGAGGAUGCGGACCCUGGCGCGAUGAGCCGACCUUUCGGUGUGGCAUUGCUGUUCGGUGGAAUUGAUGAAAAGGGACCACAAAUGUAUCAUAUGGAUCCAUCUGGGACCUUUGUUCAGUGUAGCGCAAGAGCAAUUGGUUCUGCUUCGGAGGGUGCCCAGAGCUCUUUACAAGAAGUUUAUCGCAAGUCGAUGACACUAGAGGAAGCAAAGAAAGCCGCGCUCAUCAUCCUAAAACAAGUAAUGGAAGAAAAACUGAAUGCCACCAAUAUUGAGCUUGCAACAAUGGAGCCUUCAAAAACGUUUCACAUGUACACAAAAGAAGAACUGGAAGAAGAAAUUAAGAAAAUCUAAAAAAAAAGUGAAUUUGGCCGGAGGCCUGGGGCGCAGAUUGAAACUGUAUUAAAGUUUCUUGUUGUGUAGACAGUUUUGUUUCACAGAAUAAAGGUUAUUUUAUUGUAGCUAUGAGCAAUUCAACGUAUUUUUUUUGUUCUUGCACAGAUUACGUCGGUUACUUUUAUCUCCAUUGUUAUCUGUGAUUUGAUAGAUAACUGACAAUUGCUAUGAAUCAAAUUAAGCAUUUUGUUACUUGCACUGCAUCAAUAAACUCUCAUUUUUAACUUUU